UGCGCCCGGGAGUUUUCUCGAAGAAGACGCGAGGCUAUAAUUCACGACUGUUCGCGAUUGUGCGUGGCCGUUAUCUUACCGUUAUAAAAUACCGUGGACUUUCAACUUUUCAUUUGAUACUUGGGCGCGCGUUAUCGCGCUAUUGCCGAAUGCCCGGAGAAAGAGUGGUAGGAGGGAAAAUAAAUAACCGGGAAAUAGUAAACGGGGACGAUCUCUUUAACUGGUCCUCAGUACGUUUACUUGUGUUCGCGGAAGAACACGGCUGCUGGUCUUUAACGUCUUAUCAUACGUCGCGACGGAUUCAUUCGCGUUUAGCCCGUAACGUACGUCAGCUUCUUUCAUUCGAACGAGUCCAAUCGGCUGAUUACGUUCCACGACAACAAGACAAACGAGCGCCCUGUAGACAUGGUCGUUCCCACAGAACAUGCUCUUCACGAGGCGAUACAGGUAUCGCCGCUUGUGCUUUCGGACGACGUGCGGCGGCAAAAGAUCGAGCAGAAAGUGGCGCGGCUGCAAUUUUCGGCCGCGACCGUGAGGAAGAUCCAGGACGUCUUCGUGUCAGAGAUGAACAAGGGGAUUCAUCAGCAGUCGUCGUCGUUGCAAAUGGAAAACACUUACAUUCCGGAACUUCUCGACGGUUCAGAGGAGGGUUUGUAUUUGGCGCUGGAUCUCGGUGGCACGAAUUUUCGGGUGCUUCUUCUGGAACUGGCGCAUGGAAAACCUAUAAGAGAAGAGAUGAAGAUGUUUCACAUCAGCUCCGAUUUGAGGGUUGGUUCGGGGUUUCGUCUGUUCGAUUAUUUGGCCGAAUGUGUCAGUGAUUUCGUCAUCGCGCUGGGUCUUCAGGACGUAGAGCUUCCCCUUGGUUUCACCUUUUCGUUCCCCAUGAUCCAACAUUCCCUGGACAUUGGAAUGCUGGUAACUUGGACGAAAACCUUCAAUUGUCCCGAUGUGAUAAACAAGGAUGCCGUGAGAUUGCUUCGCGAAGCUCUGGCUCGUCGCAAUGAUACCAAAGUGAAGGUCACGGCGAUUUUGAACGACACCACGGGAACGUUGGUUCAAGCAUCCACCGUGGACCCUGAUACAGCAAUCGGACUUAUAUUGGGCACAGGAAGCAACGCCUGUUACCUUGAACGUGCCGAUCGAGUGGAACAUUGGGAGACCGAAAGACACGGAGAACGCGAGGUUAUCAUCGAUAUCGAGUGGGGUGCAUUUGGAGAUAACGGCGUCCUGGACUUCAUCAAGACAGAUUACGAUCGUGAGAACGAUGCGAACUCUCUUAUUGUAAAUUCAUUCACGUUCGAAAAGUAUAUUAGUGGGAAAUACUUAGGCGAGCUCGUGCGAGUAGUACUCGCGAGGUUAACCAAGGAAGGAUUUUUAUUCGUAGGAGAUCACACGCCUGGAUCUCUUCUAAUUCCUGGCAAUCUCACUAGCGAUUUGGUCUCGGAUAUUGAGCAAGAUUCCGUGGACGGUGGUACCAGCAACACGAAGGAAGUUCUUAGGAAAUUUGGUAUCGUACCCGACGAAGAUGACGCAAAAAUUGUUCAGUAUGUUUGCGAGAUAGUGUCCAAUCGUGCCGCGCUUCUUGUAUCUACAUGUCUUGCAGUCCUACUGAAACGAAUCGACAAGGAACGCGUAACAAUUGCCGUAGAUGGAUCCCUUUACAAACACCACCCUAGACUGGAAAGUUGGAUUAAACAGUACAUUCCAUUAUUAGCUCCUGAUCAUAAGUUCAAAAUAAUUCACGCCGAGGAUGGAAGCGGAAAGGGUGCUGCACUGGUUGCCGCGAUCGCACAAAGACUUCGCGAAAGAAUAGACUAGUACAAAUUAAAAAUACAAAGUACUCUGGCCUAUAAUAAGUUUUUGUUAGUGGCGUUAAUAAUUCGCACCACAUCUCUAGUUAAGCCUCUACGAUACAGUACAGCAUUUGCGUAUAUUUUUGUUUAUGUUUUUAAACUUGUUACGUACAAAUUGUUAUGAGAAGAGUGUUGUUACGAUUUCCAAAAUUUCGUUGUUAUUCACCGUGCGAUUAUCCAAAGAGCUAGGGUCGAUACUCUUUGUUUUCGAGUGAUUAGUCCGGCUUGAGAGGCACCUUGUCCAU